AUGUCGUCCCCACCCGGAAGCUCACCUCCGCCGCCGUACCAUUCGCCAGAACUGGCCGCACCGCUAGUUGCGGCGGAAGCUCUGACGUACAGGGACGUAGCUGCGCACGUCAAACCCAUCACUGCUACGGCAACCCGCAGUCACAAGGGACACGCCCAUGACCAUGCGGAGGACCACAUAUGCAAGUUCUGGGAGUCUGAGGAGCACCUUUUGAAUAUCGUCGUCGGGUUCGUCGCUCCCAACUUGGCCGCAAGGAACGCUGUGAUCGUUGUUGCACGUGCCCGUCGUACCAAAGCGAUCGAAGAGCAGCUUCGCCAUCGGGAUAUUGAUGUCGGAAAGCUCAAGGAAAGGGGUUCGUUCAUCCUCCUCAAUGCCGAGGACGUCCUCAGCGUGCUACAACUUCCCAACGGGGAUCUCUGCCCGCGGAAGUACGAUGAGGUGGUAGGCAAUCUCGUGCGUUCAGUAGAGAGUCAAUACCCGGGUCGCGUUUAUAUCUACGGCGAGAUGGUCGACCUACUCUGGGAGUGGAACCGUUUCGACAUGGUACUCGCUAUCGAAGCGAUGUGGAACGAAUUGCGCAGAAAGCAUCGCUUCACUCUCCUCUGCGGCUACUGCUUGGACUACUUUCGAGACCCUACCAAGCGAGCGUACUUCGUGGAAGUCUGCAACCUGCACUCGAAAGUUGCCCCAAUUGUCGACAUCGUUAAGCAUCUGCCGCAAACUCAAGAGCGUGUGGCCGUUGACGACGUUUUGCGAAACUUCUCCUCCACCGCGCCAGCCGGCUAUGAUGUCAAGGGGAUCGAGACCAAGCUACAACUGCUUCAGCAUACCGUUACGGCAUUGCAAAAAGAGAACGAGCAACGAAAAGCCGCAGAGUUUGCACUACAUUCCUCGUUGAAUGUCAUGUCUCACCAAGCGCAGAGUGCGUUAGGCCGCGAGCGCAAUGAGAGUCAGCUUUUGCUCUCAAUUCUCCCGGUCGGUGUAUACGGCACAGCGUUCGGCGAUGCUGCGGACUAUUACGUCAACAAGCGCUUUUGUGAACUGGUGGACAGGACCCCCAUUGAGAUUCGCCUCUCUGGGUGGCUCGAUGCUAUUCAUCCAGAAGACAGAGAGAGACUAUCAGGCAUCUGGCCAUUCAACACCGCCUCCAUCGGCACUGCUACCCUCGGUAGAGCUGACGUACCCAUGGGAAACGGUGGCGACAAUCAAGCAGUUCCCGAGCUAGGUAGUCGAAUCGAAUAUCGGUUCGUCCUUCGCGAUGGGACCAUUCGUUGGGUCACGGGCGAGACGGUCAACAACAGAGAUUCAGAAGGCAAUGUCCGCGGACAUGUGCAUACCAUCUUGGACAUCACUGAUCUACGCACAGCUGAGCGGCAUCGUGCCCAGGAGGCUGAAGAACAUCAGAGGCAGCAAGAGGAUUGGAUCGACUCACUCUGCCAUGAGCUGCGAAACCCGCUGAACGGUAUCUCUGGCAACGUCGAACUAAUGGAAUCAAGUCUUGCGGAGCGACGCAAGGUGCUAGCAAAGCCUUCCUUGACGGAUGACGAUAUCCAGUUACUUCAAGCUCAGCUUGUGGAUGAUGAAGACUCCCUCGACGCCAUUGGCAAAUGUGUCGCCCAUCAGAAGAUCAUCACCGACGAUGUGCUCAACGUUUCCAAGUUGGACCUUGGCAAGAUCAAGCUCGAUCAGGUUGAGAUGGACUUGAAGGAGUCCUUACACAACGUCUGCAAGAUGUUUGAGGUUCAGGCCUCGUCGAAGGGGUUGGAUCUGCGGGUCAACUUUCCCAUUGGUGAUGUGCGCUGCAUCGGAGAUCCCAAGAGGGUUUCUCAAGUCGUGGUCAACCUUUUAGCCAAUGCGGUCAAGUUCACUGACGACGGUUCAAUCACAGUCAGCGUCUCCAUACUAGCACGCACUCGCUCGACCAUCGAGUUCUGCGUCAGUGUAGCUGACACGGGCCGCGGGCUGUCGCCUGAAGAAAGGACCGCAUUAUUCCAACGAUUCCAUCAACCCACUUCGCAACAAUACCACCAGUUCGGCGGCAGCGGCCUCGGACUGUACCUCUCCAAGGGUCUCGCGGAGCUCAUGGGCGGCGCACUCACGGUCACGAGUGAGAAGGGACUCGGUUCCGACUUUAGAUUCACCUUUGUCGCGAGCGCAAUAUCACCGCGCAGCGGCACCCCUACGGAGACGAGGUCGAGUCAAGCAUCAAUUGGAACCUCAUCAGAUGUGAGCAGUAACGACUCGUCCGAGCGGCUUAGCGCGCGGGACAACUUGCUGCAAAUACCCAGGGCAUCCUGCUCGUCGCGUGUGUACCAAAGAAGGGUCUCUGAUUCUGGCUUUGUUGCGAAGCCUGUCACGGCACGAUGUGCUGAAACAGUGCAGCCCGCCCUUUCGGACGCACGAUCCCCAGCACAGAAAAUGAUCAAGACUGUCCUUGUCGUCGAGGACAACGUUCUCAAUCAAAAGAUCAUGAUACGGUUCUUGGAGACGGCAAAGUACAAGGUUUUGAUCGCAAACAAUGGUCUGGAAGCCCUCUCGCUAUACCGAGAGGCGGAUCUGAUCUUUAUGGAUAUCAUCAUGCCGGAGAUGGACGGCCUGACAGCAACAAAAGAGAUCAGAAAACUGGAAGCCCAUCCCAACAAUCGGUCGCCAGACGUCUCCUCAUCUUCACAAGAACACCAUAUCCCCAUCAUCGGGUUAUCAGGGAACGCGCGCGAGGACCACGUCGAGGCCGGCCUGAACUCGGGCAUGGACCAGUACGUCACGAAACCCGUUACGAAAGCCAAACUGCUCGCAAUCAUCGACUCUUUCCAAUCUUGA